AUGCCGCCCGUCGGACACCACCUUCGUCCCCGCGCCAUUGGGCUCUACAAGACGCUUCAUCGGCUCGGCCGAGAGUACCCAGACCCAAAUUAUAACUUCAUCGGCAAGCUGCAAUCCAUGACUCGGCGCUUUGCAGCGUUAACCGACGAUAAAGAAAUCGAGGAGAAGCUUGCCCUGGGCGAGUUUGUGAGAAAGGAGACCGAAACGCUCUACUCGCUCAAGAAGUAUCGCACGCUCCGAAAGAGAUACGUCGAGGACGCCUAA